AUGAUAGCCAGCCUACACAGUCUGGUCAGGAUUGAUUGUGGACCGCCCGCUUACAGCGUGUCCAUCGAUAUGCCGUGUGCCGAGUUGGACCUGGACUCUGUGGUCUCGCCAGCCGACAACCUACAGGGCGCUAUGAUCGUGUACCCGUGCAAGAGCCUGCUGAUCCGAACGAGCGCCAAGCGUGACUAUUGCCCCGUGGAGCUCUGUGAGGCAUCAGGCACGUGGCGACCAGCCGAUGUCUCGUGCGGAAGUACAGAAUGUUAUCAGACGGACUCCACUACAUACAAAGGCAGAAGAAUAUGCACUUCAACUGGCAUAAUGUGCCAGCGGUGGGAUUCGCAGUCACCGCAUGCGCACAACUACACUGUUGAUGGGCUGUUCCCGGAAGGGAACAUGACUGCCGCCGGAAGUUACUGUCGCGAUCCGGGUGGCUCGCGCGGUCAACCUUGGUGUUAUACAGUGGACCCGAAUGUUCCGUGGCAGUUAUGUGACGUGCCAAACUGUAUCGAUGUAACGAUCAGUCAAGGCACCUGUCCAGGCGACUACUGCGGCGAUCUCAUGGCCGCCGUGAUCACAGACAACCAGUGCAUCGAGGUAGAUCCGGUCUCCUCGAGCUACCCGCGUAACGUGAACGCAAAUGUAACGAACACAUGCACGAGCCUGCUGAGCGGCUUCACUUCCGUCAUCAGUUACUGUCCCGUGCGCACGUGCCUUGCGGAUUCGCACUGGACAAACAACAGCCUCUCAUGUGGAGUGAACGAGUGUUACACGGCGGGCCAGUCCGCCCAGUACACGGGACGCCGCACGUGCACGGUUACUGGACGCACGUGCCAGUCCUGGAUGACCCAGAGUCCACACGCCCACCCCUACAACACCCUGGCGUCCUUCCCCGACACUUCCGUUGCCGCCCUGGGGUCUCACUGCCGGGACCCAGGGGCUAAGGGACAGCCCUGGUGUUAUACAACCGACCCGGGGGUGGAGUGGGAAUUAUGCGGCCUUCCAGAAUGCUCCACCCUUCUUGUCACGAGCGGCACGUGCCUACCAACAAUUACAGACGUCCGCUACCAGCGCGUUUUCGCCGACAGAGUGGGCGUUCAGUUGCAGACUACACUUCCCAACAUCCGAUCUGCUACUUCCUGCUGUCGGCGCUGCCAUCAGAUGACGUCAUGUAUAAUGGUCGUGCAUGAUGUCCCUUCAGAAGCGUGUAGCCUGUACGCAGAGGACGCCGGAAGUGUCAGCCCCGUUGACUGCAGCGCGCUGAAGUGCUUCGUGUUACAGUCGCAUGUGUAA